AUGGCCAAGGGAAAGAACCAUACCAACCAGAACCAAAAUAGAAAAGCACACAGAAACGGAAUAUACAAGCCAAGACAGUGGCAGAUGCUUCCCACCAGGGGAAUGCCCGCAGCAGCCCUGCAGGCCUUGAAGGACGAGCACAAGAGAGAGCACCCCGUUGGAAAGAAAACUCUGAUGAGCUUCGAAGAAAGAUACGCAAAGGAGAUGGAAAACCCCAUCAUCAACAGAAGAAGAACCAUUAAGAAGAUAGGCAUUAGAAAGAUGGCCCUCAAUGGAAUCUAUCUCAACUAA